AUGCACAAGAAGUCCGAUGAAUCCCUCCGAGACUACAUCAAGAGGUUCAAAGCGGAGAGGGCAAACAUUGUAGGAUGUGAUGGCCAAAUUGCGUCCUCCGCCUUCAAGAGGGGGUUGCCAAUUGAAUGUGAGCUGUAUCGCGAGCUGACCAUCUCUCCCCGCCAAACAUUGAUAGAAGUCUUUGCUACAGCAGAGCGCUACACACUAUGGGACGACGACCAGAUUGUCGCGAAGAAGGCUGAUCAAGCAAAUAAGCAGGCAAGCAAAGAGAACGGCAAGCACAGAUCACAGCCUCAGGAAUGUGCUCUAGCAACAGAGAGCUACACCAAGUUCACUAUCCCGAUACACCAGAUCCUAGCCCAAGUAAAGGACAUGCCUUGGUUGAAGAAACCAUCACCUUUAAAGGGAAACCUAACCGAGAAGGAUACUAGUAGAUAUUGCAGAUUCCAUGAAGGGUACGGUCAUUACACAAACGACUGCUUCGCUCGAAAAAGGCACCUCGAAGAUCUAGUCAGAGACGGCCAUUGCAUGGAAUUCAUCUCAAGGGGGGCUAUCCAGCAAAUCAAGGAUUGUGACGCAACUAACAAUGAGCCUCCACGAAAAAAGCCAUAUGGAUCAACACGAUCCUAG